GUUCCCCCGGGCCCCGGCGCGCCAUGGAGGUCGAGCUGCUGGAGAGCGACGUGCUGGAGGCGCUCGAGGACCUGGGUUACAAAGGUCCCCUGUUAGACGACGGAGCGCUAACCCAGGCAGUCUCUCGUGGAGCCAGUUCCCCUGAAUUCACCAAACUCUGUGCCUGGUUGGUAUCGGAGUUGCGGCUUUUCUGUAAAUUGGAGGAAAAUGUGCAAGCAACUAACAGUCCAAACGAAGCAGAAGAAUUUCAGCUUGAAGUGAGUGGGUUACUGGCUGAAAUGAACUGUCCAUAUGCAUCACUAACAUCAGGAGAUGUGACAAAACGCCUUCAUAAUCAAAAGAACUGCCUCUUGCUGCUCACAUACCUCAUCUCAGAACUGGAAGCUGCCAGAAUGCUGUGUGUGAAUGCCCCUCCUAAAAAAGCACAGGAAGGAGGUGGCAGCGAAGUCUUUCAGGAGCUAAAAGGCAUAUGUAUUGCUUUAGGCAUGUCCAAGCCUCCAGCCAACAUAACGAUGUUCCAGUUCUUCAGUGGAAUUGAAAAAAAACUGAAGGAAACCCUAGCAAAGGUCCCACCUAAUCAUGUUGGAAAACCUUUAUUGAAGAAACAGCUGGGACCAGCUCACUGGGAAAAAAUUGAAGCAAUUAAUCAAGCCAUAGUCAAUGAAUAUGAAGUCCGAAGAAAACUAUUAGUUAAACGUUUGGAUGUAACGGUGCAGUCCUUUGGCUGGUCAGACAGAGCUAAGAGUCAAACAGAGAAACUGGCUAAAGUCUACCAGCCAAAACGUGCCCUCUUAUCUACUAAGUGCACUAUUUCCAUUGCAAAUCUCCUGGCAGCUCGUCAGGAUCUGUCCAAGAUUUUGAGAACAAGCAGUGGGUCCAUCCGAGAGAAGACUGCCUGUGCCAUUAACAAGGUGCUGAUGGGCAGRGUGCCUGACAGAGGAGGAAGGCCCAAUGAAAUUGAACCUCCUCCUCCCGAGAUGCCGCCUUGGCAGAAGAGACCAGAGGCUGGUCCCCAACAAGGCGGCGGCCGCGGAGGAAGAGGAGGCUACGAGUCCUCGUACGGGGGGCGAGGGGGCUACGACCAUGGCGGUCACGACCGAGGRGGGAGAGGCGGCUACGACUCGUCGUACGGCGGGCGAGGGGGUCAYGAGCAAGGCAGCCACGAUCGAGGCGGGCGAGGAGGACGCGGUGGUUACGACCACGGGGGCCGCGGAAGAGGAAACAAGCUCCAGGGAGGCUGGACAGAUGGAGGAGGGGGUGGCUACCAGGAUGGCGGCUACAGGGAGAGCAGCUACAGAGAUGCAGGUUUCCAGACGGGCGGCUACCACGGCGGCGGCGGCGGCUACCAAGGAGGAGGCUAUGGUGGAUACCAGUCUUCGUACGCGGGGAGCGGCUACCAAGGGGGCGGUGGCUACCAGCAGGACAGCAGAUACCAGGAUGGAGGGGCCCACGGCGAGCGGGGCGGCGGGCGCGGGGGAGGUCGAGGCGGCCGUGGAGGCCGCGGCGGGCGCGGAGGCCAAGGAGGCGGCUGGGGAGGCCGCGGCGGGCAGAGCUACAACCAGGGCGGGCAGUUUGAGCAGCACUUCCAGCAUGGGGGUUACCAGUAUAACCAGUCUGGCUUUGGACAAGGCAGACACUUUACAAGCUGAGGCUGCUARAAAUCGGUGCUUCAGCAGAGCUCAAAUAAUAGCAGCCUGUUUCCAGAGGCCUGGCUUAAUGCUUCUUGAAUCAGAACGGGUUUGUACGUGGCAGGCAGGGUCUGUUUGGGUGGGAUGUUUUGCUUUGAGUAGGCCUACAGAAACCUGCAGUUUCUUUUUAUUAUCUGAUGAAUUAAGUGCGUCAUCGUUCUCCACUGCACUUCACAUAAACAUAAGCUAAUAGCCCUGCUUUUUAGAUGUUGGACCGAUUUUUCUCUGCUCAGAACACUCCUGUUCUGAAACURCCUGCUGUGCUUGCCUUCCACUUUAGUUAGGGAAAUAACAAGAUCUGUCUGGUCACAUUUAAAUACUGUAAUACACAGCAGAAUUUCUGCCCUCUUCCCCCUAAACACGAUUCAGUUAUAUUCUAAAAGCACUUCUGAGUAUUGCUUUUGACUUGCUGGCCUGUCGUUGUAGCCAAGAGAAUGCAGCACGCGCGUGCACAGUGAAUUCCCUCGAGCAAACAGGUUUGCUGUCUGUUAUCUGAGCUCUGCUGCAGCUGCCGUGUUCAGAAGCCUUAUCUUCCACUAGACCAAGUUUUACCACCUGCUCAACUCUGGAGACCGACUGCUGCCAAAACCUGCAAAGAUCAUUUAAAACCAAGCUAAAUUGUGAACUGAUAGUGUGUGUAGGCCUGUAGUUAGGUGUAGCAAUUCAAACUGACCUGCAUCCAUCCAAAACAAGUUGCUCCUCCUCCAAACCUAAUUUUUACUUGAAGUCAGCUAGAAGAAAUGACAAACAGAAACCUAUUUUAUUUGCAAGUUAAUACCACUGG